AGCAGUCUCUGACAAUAACAGCAUAGAACUGUCAACUUCUUCUUUUUCUGCGCUGCACAGAUUAGCGCACGUUUUAGGUUAUUUUUAUUUCACUACAACAUAACUCAAUAAUGGGAAUUCUUUUAAAUAGCUAUUACCGAAACCAUCGCCUAAUAUCCCACCAACAUCGAUGAACAAAUGGUAUCUGAAAAUGAAACCCAUCCAUCCAGAAGAGCAACGAUGACACAUUUUAUAUUUGCCAAGAAAGUGAUUUAUCCUUGGGAAUAAAGUCAACUCAAGAAUCAGAGGAUGUGUACACUACACUACAGCUCUUUGUGUCCACCAUGAUGGAGAGGACAGAAGAAAGCUCUGAGGUAGAUCGGCCCACCUCACCUCCAGAGCGUGGAUUGCUGCAUGUGUGGCAGUCAGGGGGUUACCGUGAGCAGUUGAGCCCAGAGAGGGUGCUCCUGUCCAGGCCUGUGCUUCAGACCGCCCUGGGAGAGAACCAUGGACUCCUGCUUUCACAAGGCGGUCUGGUCUAUUCAUUUGGGGAGCUGCUUUGGAGGGGGCUGAGUGUCCCACUGACUGCCCCGGUCCUGGAGGUCUCUCUGCAGGAGAGGGCCGUGGUGCGGGUCGCUGCGGGUGGCUUUCACUGUGGAGUAGUGACCGCUCAGGGCAGCGUCUAUAUGUGGGGCGAGAACACAGCUGGACAGUGUGGUCUGGGGUCUAACAUCACAGUGGCAGAGCCCUGCGUGGUGGGUAUAGCGGACAGUGAGGUGGUCCCUCCAGCUGUAGUGCAGGUCGUGGAUGUGGCCUGUGGACGGGAGCACAGUUUGGCCCUGUCAUCCCAGAACGAGCUGUGGGCCUGGGGCAGCGGCUGUCAGCUCGGACUCGUCACCAAAACAUUUCCUGUUUACAGACCUCACAAGGUGGAGCACUUGGCAGGGAGGCAUGUGAUCCAGGUGGCUUGUGGGGCCUACCACAGUCUGGCCCUGGUACGAAGUCUUUCUCAGCCUCUCAGCAGUAUUCCAAAACCUGCAGAAAAAGUAAAAAGGGAACGCCGCUGGUCGUCGGGUCACAGUUUUGUGGCAGAUAAAGUGGAGCCAUCUGUGGUUGAAGAAGAUUCUCACUACUGUCCACUGGGAGUUGAGCUGUCUGAUGUCUCUACAGGGGAGUGUCCCAGAAGGAGCGUUUCCAGAAGGAGCCAGAUAGCAGGCAGAAGUUCUCCCAGCAGUAGCCCUCGGUCUGUACUACAUCCAUUCACCUCGCCAGGCAAAUCGCACUCUGAACAGAACUCUAUUUGCACUAAACUUCACUUUGAUGACUCGUCGGACCAAACAGACUUCAGCCUUAAACCUUCGUCUCACUGGAAAAACAAAAAAAAGUUCUCAAAGGAGCAGGACUUUCAGAUUCUGCUUCACAAACUCUCAGUUCAACCAAUAGAAAUACCUCACACCCCCAACUCCACUGACACAGAAUCAAUGAGCGCAUCAGCUGACAGCUGCGCCUCCUCUACACCAUCUUCAGAUUUGUACUCUUCAAGCUACAAAGGCGAAUCUCCGCCUAAAAGUCAAACCAGCAACAACUUUGGGCCUUAUUCAUCCUCCCCCGUUGGUGUAGAUGAGGUGAGCCUUUGCCUCCAGGAGCAGAGUCAGUCUCUUUAUGUGGAGAGCAGCUCCAGUCUCUCAGACAUACGAGUGAAAACUACAGAGUACAGGAGACGCUCACUGCCCGGGAUCCCCUCUCAUGGGUCUCCACGCCAACGGCAGUACUGUGCCUGUAGGACAUCUUGCGCAAGUGAAAGGUCAGGGGUGUUGGAGGAAGCUAGAGACAGACUGCCCUGCCUGGACACUGAGGUGUGGAGCUGGGGCCGGGGCUCCGAAGGGCAGUUGGGACAGGGAGAUCAGCUGGCCAGACUUCAGCCUCUGUGUAUCAAACCUCUGACUGGUGAAGAAGUGAUUAAGGUGGCUGCAGGAUCACACCACUCACUGGCCAUCACUGCAAAUUGCCAGGUGUACUCAUGGGGCAGUAACAUGUGUGGUCAGCUGGGUCACAUCAACAGUCCAGUCACAGUCCCAAAACAGGCCAAGCUCUCUGAAGGUAUCCGAGUUUGGGACGUCUCAGCAGGACAGAGCCACUCUUUGCUGUUGGCCGAUGGAGACUGUGUGCAGCCCGUGCUCUUGUACUGUGGGCAGCAGCAGGAGCCAAAAACAGAGAAAUGUGAUACACCCCAGCAGGGUCAAAGGUCAUGUCAGAGGUCACCCAACAGAUCCGAGAGCUACACUGUCAGGCCCACUCUGAUGCCUUUCUGCAUGGAGAUAGGUUAUAUCAGCAGCAUCCGCAGCGGAGGCCAGACCUGUACGCUUCUUUCAGACCAAAACAUCAUGGGCUUUGUCUCAGCGAUUCAUGAGCUCGCCUCAAGAGAAAGACAGUUCUACUGUUGGUUAAGCAGCGUCAAGAAGGUCCUCCUCACUCCACUACGCACAAGAGAGAGUGUGAAUCCCUGUUUAGGAGACCCGUGCACUCGCCUGUUCUUCACUAUUUGUGAUAAGUUCGCCCCGCUGCACCUUCUGAUUGGACAACACUCCACAGCUCUCAGCUACUUUCUGUAUGACCUGCAGAGCUGUGAUGUCACUUCCCUUCCUCUGAUCACCCAUGUGGACCACUUUCUGGACACUUUUAAAGAGUACUGCUCUUCUGUUGGUGAUUUUCAGGUCAUGGGUGGUUUUCAGUCCCUUCAGAAACUCUCAAAUGACUGUUUGGGCUCCAAACACAGCGAGCUACGUCAUCUCUGUGUCUCAGACUCAGACAAAGAUGAAGUGGACCUGGUUUCACUGUUGUACUGGCCUCUACAGCAGCUGCAACACUACAGCCAACUACUGCUCAAACUGGCUGCAUGCUAUGAUGUGCUCACUGUAGACUACCAAUGCCUCCAUCAGGGAUGUGGUCAGUUUGAGUCUCUGUCAUCAUCGCUGCUGAAAAAGAAAAAAGAAGCAGAAACGACGUGCAACUUUUGGAAAAGCUACUCAGGAAAAACUACUGAGGUGUUGCGUCUCCCUCAUCGCCGUGUGGUUUGUGAGAGCAGCCACAGAAAUCUGACUUUACAGAAUGCCGGGCGCUUUUCAAAUCACUGGUUCAUUCUGUUCAAUGAUGCUCUGGUACAUACACAAGGCACUAUUCCCUCUAAGAGUUUUUUUUCCACUCAUCACAUCUACCCUCUGACCUGUCUCUGGGUCAAACCAGUUACUGAAGAUGACAAUGGCCUUGAUGCCAUUAAAAUUAUAUGCCCAGAAGAGAAUUUCACACUGGUGGCUUCUACACCACAAGAAAAGAACAAAUGGCUACAGGCUCUGAACCAGGCGGUGGACCAAGUGCUUGGAGGAGGAGGUCAUGGGUCGUUGCCGGGGAUAACGGCGAUUACCCGCACAGCCAGUUACACGUUCACCGGAGAGGGACGAUUCAAAGACGCACAAUACAAAGGACACUGGCAGGCUGGGAGAGUUCAUGGAAGAGGGACCAUGAAGUGGCCGGAUGGACGGACAUAUACAGGGAACUUUAAAAAUGGACUCGAAGAUGGUUAUGGUGAGUGCUUGAUACCCAAUAAGGCACUGAAUGAAGCAGACUGUUACAAUGGACAUUGGAAAGAUGGACAGAUCCAUGGUUUUGGAAAAUACAAGUAUGCCACUGGAGAGGUGUACGAGGGCUGUUUUUUUGAAGGCCAGCGUCAUGGUUACGGGAUGCUCAGCUCUGGGAGACUGGCCCGCUCCUCCUCCAGUGUUUUCAUUGGACAGUGGUUUCAUGACAAGAAGACAGGAUAUGGGGUCUAUGAUGACAUCACCAGUGGUCAGAAAUACAUGGGCUUGUGGGUCGAUGAUCAGCGCCAUGGAAACGCAGCUGUGGUCACUCAACAUGGGCUGUACUUUGAAGGGACAUUCAAGGAGAACAAGAUGAGUGGCUCAGGUUUGCUGGUAUCCGAUGAUGAUACAACUUUCCAUGGAGAGUUUUCUGAUGACUGGACUAUUAAUGGAAAGGGUCUUCUGCACAUGGGUAAUGGUGACUUCUUUGAUGGUGAAUUCAGUGGAGAAUGGGCUUCACUCAAAGUUACUGGGAUAUACUCUAAACCUACUGUGGAUGCACCUGCAAACAAAGAGAGAAAGAACAUACUUGUGUUGGGACAGUAUGUGGUACCUGCAGCUCAGAGGUGGGUCUGUGUGUUUGACGAGUGUUGGAGUCGACUCGGAUGUGAGGCGCCUGGAGCAGGACAAAGCGCUGUGGCCUGGGACAACAUCGCUGUUACCAUAACAAGCACCAGAAGACAAACUCCCGACCUGAGUAAAUCUCAGAGUAAAAUCCUAGAGAGUCUGGAGCUAAUUCCUCAACAUGAACAAAUAGUCACCACUCAAAACUACGACCACAUUCGCAGAUACCUCACCAAAGCGUGUGACACUCCUUUACACCCCCUGGGCUGGCUUGUGGAGACCUUAGUGACUGUGUACAGAAUGACUUAUGUGGGAUCCAACCGCAGACUGCUCCGACAGGCUGUGCUGGAGGUCCAAGCCUACCUCACCCGCUUUUACUGCAUUGUUAGGCUUCUGUUCCCCGGAUUACCAGAUGAUGGCAGUAUUAUCCCUGAUCCUCCAACCUCUCCCACCCGACGUAGACACUCCUUUAUCUCCAACACAAUGGAAGAAUGUGUUGUGGUGGUGAGCUGCUCGUCUCUGCUGCUGCCUCUGCUCCUCCCACGGCUCUACCCUCCUCUCUUCACUCUGUACUGUCUCCAGGAGGAGCAGGACGAAGCCAAGUACUGGGAACGCAUCCUCCGACUCAACAAGUCCCCAGACCAAGCACUGCUCAGCUUCUUAGGGGUGCACCAGAAAUUUUGGCCUGUCUGGAUGUCUAUUCUUGGAGAGAAGAAACAGAUUGUGUCGAGCAGUAAAGACGCCUGCUAUGUCUCAGCUGUAGAGACACUUCAACAGAUCAGCACUACAUUUACCCCAUCGGACAAACUGACGGUGAUACAGAAGACCUUUGAGGAGCUGACACAGGAAGUGAAACCACUGGUUGAGGAGAGCUUCCUGUGGUGCAUGGACGACCUGUUUCCUCUGUUCUUGUAUGUGGUGAUCAGAGCCAGGAUCAGGAACUUAGGAGCCGAGGUCCGUCUGAUUGAAGAUCUGAUGGAUCCUAAUCUUGAGCAUGGAGAGAUGGGGCUCAUGUUUACUACACUAAAGGCCUGUUACAUCCAAAUUCAACAGGAGUCCAUGAUGUAGCAGCUGAAAACGGGAAGGCACAGACAACAAGUGAAAAUACAAGUUUACAGAAGGAGCAGCAGGAACAAAACUCACCAAAAAACAAUUUAGCUAUUAUGAGGUCAUGUUGUGGAUGCACUGCCUUCUGCUGGUUUCUCCCACAACUGCACUGCUGACCUCCACCUCAGUGAAAUUAUCCACAAAUACACAAAAAUAAUAAUGCAUAAUAAUAAUAAUAAUAAUGCACAGCCGAUACGUAGUGCCAAAAAAAACCCCUCUAGCAUUAGACUAUUUAUUUUGUAUCUAACUCUUAGUAUAUAUAGGAAGGGAAUGUUGAUAGCUUAUGUUUUGCACUAAUUUGUAAACUACUGGUAAAAAUAGUAUUUGUGUGUUUGUGCACUGGAUUUGAAAGUUCAAUGGACUUUAAUGAAUUUGUUGAGCAAUAUUGGGACAAUAUAAUUAUGAAUUUCUUUCACCUGGAAUGUUUUAAUACUGGAGAGUGUAUUUGUAGUGUUUUGGAGAAUGUAACUAAAGGAAUGAUGUCAUAUUUGAAAUUUAAUAGAUAUUUUCUCUACUAAACUGUGCAAUACCUCAGACAUAAUUUGAAUUUCAUGUUUAAAAGGGAUUAAACUUGUACCUAUUAUGCAAAUUGCUUUGAAGUGUGUAUCUUCUACAGAUUCAUUAUUUAUCAAAACUGAUUAAAUUAACUUUCAAGGCAUGUUUUGUUUUUAUAGCUUGUAUAUUUUGAGAAUGCAAAUGAACAGUAGAGCACCAUAAAACAUAAUUUCACUCACCACAUAAUAUCCUUCCCCAGUCACUAUGAAAAAUAUUUGAUUUAUGUUUAUACUUAAAUGAAAUCUGUGUAAAGUUAUCACAGUUAUCACCCAAAUGACUGAAUUAUAGUAUGAUAUUCUUAUUUUUGUAACAUCUGUGCGCUGUAAAAAACAACUGGAACAUAUUUUGUUAUCUAUUAAAGGGCAAUAAAUUGUAAUGG